UUAGAUCUGCAGCGGUAUAGUUAUAGUAGGGUUUUGCGAUCAAAUCACAGGAUCCAUCAUAGCAAGGUUGUAGCAGACAGAAAACCAAAUCAUGGCAUUCCAACCUUCGACAAUCAACAACAUGCAACUAGCAUAUGCACCCGAUGGAACAGUUGCAUAUACAAAUCUGUUGCCACCUGCAUCCUCGCGAACGACUGCUUACAACCAGCAGGAUAACCUUAAUGGCGGCACCCGCGGUGGAGGAGUAGAUCCUGGAGACAGUAAUUAUGCUUUGGUGACCGCAGGGACCGAUGUGGUGAAGCGGAGGAGAGGAAGGCCAAGGAAAAACCCUAUUGAUGGCUCUAGGCCUUUGGCUGCUGCAGCUCAAUCUGGUGCCUUUUCGCCUCUAGGACCGAAUUUAGUGAAGAGACCAAGGGGUAGACCACCUGGUUCUACAAAGAAAAUACAGCCUGUUGCUUCAGGUUCACCAGCAGGAGGAUUUAUGGUACACAUUCUUGAUGUGAAAGCUGGAGAGGAUAUAUUGAAAAAACUUGUAUGGGCAUCAUCCCAGAAUAGUACAAGAGCUCUGUGCAUUCUUUCGGCGACUGGUGUCAUAUCAAAGGUGAGACUUGAACAACGGGCAACAAUUGGCGGAACUGUCACCUAUGAGGGACGAUUUGAGAUGCUCUCUCUUUCUGGUACAUUUAGAGUGCCUGAGAACGACAAUCAACGUAGUAGAAUAUGUGGAUUAACUGUGGUACUCGCCGGCCCAGAUGGUUACGCGUUAGGCGGCAACGUGGCUGGGGUUCUAACCGCUGCAUCACCAGUUCAGGUGUUUUUUGGUAGUUUUGAUCCAUCAAGCAGAAAACGGUCAAAAGAAAGAGGUAGCAGUGAAGCAGAAGUUGUGAACGCUCCAGCAAACCCGGUGUCUGGAAGCAUGAGUGAGUCUUCGAGCCGGGUCCCCUGGAGCCCUGUUGGCCAGAGCAGUAACAGUUACCCACAGGACAUUGUUGAUAUGCUUUGGAGACAGGUUUGAAGACAUGCAUGUUUAUUAGGAAAUGUGGCUGUGUGUUGUCAGAAUGUUUCUCAGUAUGUUAUGUUACCUUAGGAUGGCUGAUAACUGUUGUUUUUAUUUUACAUUUGUACUCCUGGUUUGCUUCAUUUUCU